AUGGAAAUGGGAUACACUGUCCGCGAUGAGGCCUUAAAGCCACUUUUCCAAUUUGGUUUGCCUUCUGACCAUCGAUUAUCUGGUGUUCACUGGUGUGCUCAAAUUGCUUCAGCUAAUGGUUUGCUUUCGAUGUGGGAUCCACCCCCUAACACUAUAUUUAUAUGCAGUCCAAUGACUCGUGAGUAUGUCGAGCUUCCUCCUCAAUCUAGGGACACAAUUACUAGCUUUUUUGGAUUUGGAGUGAGAAGAACAAGGGGCCAGUAUAAGAUUUUAUGUGCUGAUUCCCGUAGUUGUUAUGUAUACACUCUAGGAAGAGGUGCAUGGCUGUGGAGAACCAUCGCACCACCACCAGCGCCAGCACUAGGUCCACCCUAUCUUGGUGAUGCUGCAUUUUUUAAUGGAAAUCUUCACUGGUUGGCAUUGGAUUCGAAAGAAGAUUCCUUUGUUUGUUGCUUUGAUUUGAAAACUGAGCUCUUUACUAGAAUUUCAGUUCCUUGUGAUUAUAUUGCCAAUAGAUGUGGCAAUAUGUGGGUAUAUAUUUUGGAGGGUCGGCUAUGUUUAUACGUUGUUUUAGAUUGGCGUCAUGUCAUUAUUUGGAAGAUGAAUAACUGGGGAUGA